AUGUCUUUUCUCCCUCAUUCUUCAAUUAACAUCUUCCGAGCAGUGUCUCGACGGGCCGACUCUACUCCUCGACCAAGGGCCGAGACUACUAUACCGAAGAGUCGACGGUUAUUGGACCAGCGCUGUUUUAGGAAUUUAGGUUCAUUAUCUGAUCGCUCACUCUUGGCUCACCUUGCCUGCUUUGCAACGACCGAAUGCCUGGGAGCGCUGGAAAGAGGCUGGAUCUAG